CUUAUUAUUUGUAGUUUGUCAAACGGAUGAUCUAGAGUGCCAUUUCUUUGCAUCGGAAUCCUUGUAAGGUGUGCUGUGGAGUAAAACAAAACAUGGCCAAGGUGAUCAAAAUGUUUCAAACCCUUAGAAGUCAUUGGAAGAAGACUACCGUUGGGAUCGGCCUGCUUACCUGGGGAGGAAACUGGCUUUAUGGAAAGCACUGCGAUAACCUGCUAAGGAGAGCUGCAUGCCAAGAAGCCCAGGUGUUUGGUGACCAGAUUAUUCUUCCAAAUGAGCAGAUAAAGAAGGCAACGGUAUUUCUCAACCCUGCAGCUUGUAAAGGCAAAGCCAGGAGCCUUUUUGAAAAAAAUGCAGCCCCAAUUCUACACUUGUCUGGGCUGGAUGUGACUGUUGUAAAGACAGAUUAUGAAGGACAAGCAAAAAAGCUACUGGAGCUGAUGGAAAACACAGACAUGAUCAUUAUUGCAGGAGGGGAUGGGACCCUGCAGGAGGUAAUAACUGGACUUCUCCGAAGGGCAGAUGAGGCAGCUUUCAGCAAGAUUCCUAUAGGAUUCAUUCCCCUUGGAAAAAGCAGCACCCUGAGUCACAUACUUUAUCCUGAGAGUGUAAGCCAAGUCCAACAUAUCACGGAUGCCACGCUUUCCAUUCUGAAAGGAGAGACUAUUCCAGUUGAUGUAUUACAGAUCAAGGGAAACAAAGACCAGCCUGUGUUUGCCGUAACGGGGCUGAGAUGGGGCGCUUACCGAGAUGCUGGGGCAAAAGUCAGCAAGUACUGGUACCUUGGGCCUCUGAAAACGAAAGCAGCCCACUUUUUCAAUACGUUAAAGGGCUGGCCUCAGAAGCAUCCAGCCUCCCUUGCCUAUUUGGGCCCAACUCCAAGGCCUCCAGAAGAGCCAGAACAGAAGACCAGCAGACCACCUUUAUAUAUCAGGCUUUACAAAAGGCUCUCACAAUACUGGGCACCGACUGUCAAAGAAAUCCCCAAGGAGGUGACCCCUGAGGCCUGGCAAGAAACGCAGCUGUCUGCGAUUGAAUUCUCCAUCACCACUCAAAACAGAUGCCUUGACCUGAAACGCACUGAAGACUUCAUGAAUAUUUGCAUUGAGCCUGAUACAAUCAGUAAGGGAGAAUACAUAAAAAGAGGAACCCAGAAGAUGCAGGACCCUCACUUAUGUCCAGAAGGAAGCCAGUGUCUUCAGGCCAGCCGGUGUAUCUUACAGCUUCCAGAGGAUACAGGAGGCUCCUUGGCUAUAGACAACGAGGAGUACGAAGCCAUGCCCGUAGAAGUCAGGCUGUUACCCAGGAAGCUCCAGUUCUACUGUGACUCCAGGAAAAAAGAGCAAAUGCUUCAAAGCACAUCGUAGCCAAAGCAAAUGUCACUUGUUGUCACAAGAGAUUUUUUUUUGUUAAGAUGAAUGUACUUAAAACAAUGCUAAGCAACAGCUGAAAAGUUUACACCCUCUUUCCGAAGCAGUGAAAGCAGUUGAAGUCUGGUUGUGCACAACCAGCUAUCAGGCUUCUAGGUUUGUCUUACUAAAUAUGGCUGAAGGGAAAGAGAUCAGAGAUGACUGCAGCAGAACACAAGGCAGUUGCAUGAACAUCUUUUGAAACCUGACUGUCCAGUACUGUGUGAGGAAAGUUUUUUCCAGUGAAAGGGCUAUUUGGACUUGUUUGGUAUUACAUAGUGUGUUUCCUUUGCUUGGAUAUCUGAAAUGCAUACACCCAACCUGUAUUACCUUCUGAAAUCUGCAGGUUAUGCUGCAGUGAUGCAUACUUUUGUCUAGACAGAGUGAAAUUCAGAGCCCUGUUACACUGAUAGACAGAUUAUCUUCUAGUGUCUUCUUGCCUUCUGUGUCCGGCUCUGCGGGCAACGGUCUCCUAUAACUCUGCCAUCCAAGAUGGUUUUAAUGAGAGUUGAAACGAAGUUAGGACUUCACCCACCCAAGCUCGUAUACUACUGUUGACUUCUUCUAUAAAAGAUAAUGGUUUCAGCCAGAUACAAGCAGCGCAUGAUUGGAACCCAUGCUCCCACCCUAAAGGAAAUUGUAACUGAGAUAUUGCAACAUACCUUCUAAAAGGUUCUUGAGAACUAUAGGCAUUCAUGUCAUUAUUCUUAAGAAGCUCUUAAAAGUUACUGCCUCCUGAGAAAAAAAUCCUGGUUAAUCUACCUUUAAGAUCACGUUUAAGAGUGAUGCAUUGCAUUCUAGGAUAACAAAUUACAUCUUUGUCUUGUAAAGGUAAAAAAGUACUCAGAAUAAUUGGCAGAAGGAGCAGAGGGCAGUUGUGUUAAAAGUGAAUUUUAUUAGGGUAAAAAAGAUUCUUAUUUACAUUAAACUUUUCCACACAGGCACAUACAUAUAGUGCCUUCCCUCUAACUGGCAACCAAAGAAUGUCACAGGAAUUGCUUGUAUCAAUAAAGGAAAGUGCUUGGUCACAGCUUAGUGAGAAGAGUCUGGCUGCUGGGCAGAUCAUAUUUAUCCUUAUUGGAGAUAUGAACCGGUCUUAAGCAGGCAAGUUCAAAGGACCACAAUCCUUAUAGGUUUAUCAGAUCAGCUGAAAAUUGCAGCACCAACCAGGGAAAUGUCACUUUUGACUGCUAUACAGCAAAUUCUUUGUCAAACAGGGGGGUGGGGCGGUGUGGAGAAGAUGCCAUCUCUGGAAAGCCAGCUUCUUAAUUCUUAGAAGGGAAUACAGACUAGUAAAUAUUUCUGACUUGUCAGCUAUCACUAAACUGGUCCUUUCUUACACUGGAUGAGAGCUUGUCUAAUAAAGAAGGCUGCAUUAAAUGAAAAAAA